AACUUCAGCAAGUUUGGUUAUGAGAAUUAUUACUGUGGUAGACCGAGAAAUAAUCAUUUGUCAUGUGACGACUGGAUAGAAGGUGGAUAUUUAGAUUUAUCACCGCCACAUGACGUUACAGGAGCUGAAAGAAGUCUGAUUAAGUCUAUUAGCACGAAACCAUCAGAACGGACAGUUGCUCACAAUUUUAAAAUAUCUACAGAAAAUACAGAUAACUUUCCUGAAUUACCCCCUUGUCACACGUCAAAUAAAAAUGUCACCUGGACAACAGCAAUGCCUAAAGGCAUCUGGACACCUGGCAAUGUCUGGAAGUCUCUAGUCUGUAAGGACGUAGGGGUCAUCAAUACAGACUGGACAUUAAAAUGCCUCAGAAACACAUCCGUCUGGAUCUUCGGCGACUCAAAUGCCAGGAUGACCUAUGAUGUGAUUCUAGAGCUGACAAAAUGUAACAAAACAGAAGGCGAAUACCCUAAAGGAAAAUGCAACAAUCCUGAGACUGGACUCUCCAUAAAUGUUUUUUGCCACGAAGGACCGGCGUAUGUAUCCUCAAAAAAAAGCGACAAUUUUACUGUCCCAAAUUUUAUACAGAAGCUUCCAAAAAACCAGAAACAUAUUCUCAUCAUUCAGUAUUACCUCCACUACACGGCUGCCCAUCUCGCUGUGCUGUCGUUACGUAUGAAAUCUCUGAGAGCCGCCAUAGAAAAACUGCUUGAAGAAAAUCCCAACGUCUUGAUAGCACUUAGAGGUCCUCACAUCGCUUCUUUAUAUUACGAUUACAACCAUGCAGUUGGAGGAGAUCCUUUAGGACCCCAGUAUAUCCAUAUAAUACGAGAAAGGUUCAAAGGCGUAGAAGAUAAAAUCGUGUUCUUAGAUUUGUGGGAAAUGUCCAUUGGAAUAGAAAACUUUGAUUAUCAUCCACCACAGUAUGUAAACAGGGAGAUGGUCAAGUUUUUGUUGUCUUUUCAGUGCCGGUGAUAUGAAAUUAUACAACGCUUAAUAAAUUGACACACCAAAUUUAAAUUUGAAACAUUCAACAAUUUUAUAGUAUAAAGCAAAGUGGAGGAUGUUUGUUUGUUAAUCACUGCUAAUGGAUCGCUAUGUUAAUCUUAAGAUGGUCAUGUUUUUUAGUCCUUUCAGAGACAAUAGUCAGAGGGAAGAUUUUCGACACUUUAAAUGAGCAUAUGAAUUUUAAGAUUUCAAAUUUGAAAUUAAUCAUUAAUAUGAAAUUGUGUUAUUUAAUUUGUUUUGUUUGUCACUUGUUUAGAGUAAUUGUAUGU